AUGGCCUUCUCCCAGGUGCAGUGCCUGGACGACAACCACGUGAACUGGCGCUCGAGCGAGGCCAAGCCCGAGUUCUUCUACAGCGAGGAGCAGCGCCUGGCGCUCGAGGCGCUCGUGGCCCGCGGCCGCGACGCCUUCUACCAGGUGCUCAAGCGGGAGAACAUCCGCGACUUCCUCUCCGAGCUGGAGCUGCGCCGCAUCCUGGAGACCAUCGAGGUCUACGACCCCGGCUCCGAGAACCCCCGCGCCGCGGGCCGCCCCCAGGAGCCCCCGGACGACGAGGGGGCGGCCGUCCCCGAGCCCGAGCCGCCGCCCUCGCUCGAGUACUGGCCCCAGAGAUCGGACCGCUCCAUCCCGCAGCUGGACCUGGGCUGGCCCGACACCAUCGCCUACCGCGGCGUGACCCGGGCCAGCGUCUACAUGCAGCCCCCCAUCGACGGGCAGGCCCACAUCAAAGAGGUGGUCCGCAAGAUGAUCAGCCAGGCCCAGAAGGUGAUAGCUGUGGUCAUGGAUAUGUUCACCGACGUGGACAUCUUCAAGGACCUGCUCGAUGCCGGCUUCAAGAGAAAAGUAGCUGUGUACAUCAUUGUGGACGAGAGCAACGUCAAGUACUUCCUGCAUAUGUGUGAGCGGGCUCGAAUGCACCUCGGGCACCUCAAGAAUCUCAGAGUACGCAGCAGUGGGGGAACUGAAUUCUUCACGAGGUCGGCCACCAAGUUCAAGGGCGCCUUGGCCCAAAAGUUCAUGUUCGUGGAUGGAGACCGAGCAGUAUGUGGCUCCUACAGCUUCACAUGGUCGGCCGCGAGGACAGACAGGAAUGUAAUCUCUGUGCUGUCCGGUCAGGUGGUAGAGAUGUUUGACCGGCAGUUCCAAGAGCUAUAUCUCAUGUCACAGGGCGUCAGCCUCAAGGACAUCCCCAUGGAGAAAGAGCCAGAGCCGGAGCCCAUUGUGCUGCCCUCUGUGGUGCCCCUGGCCCCCACGGUCACUGUGGCCAAGAAGCUUGUCAACCCCAAGUAUGCGCUGGUCAAGGCCAAGAGUGUUGACGAGAUUGCUAAGACUUCCUCUGAGAAUCAGGAUGUCAAGAGACCCCCCGGGCUGCGGGGGCCCGCGCUGGCUGAGCGGCCGGGGGACCUUCCUGAGCUGCUACCGCCUGUCCACCCAGGACUGCUCAACCUGGAGAGGGCAAACAUGUUCGAGUACUUGCCCACGUGGGUGGAGCCGGACCCAGAGCCUGGCAGUGACAUCUUGGGCUACAUCAACAUCAUCGACCCCAACAUCUGGAACCCACAGCCCAAUCAGAUGAAUCGCAUCAAGAUCCGCGACACAUCCCAUGCCAGUACCCAGCACCAGCUGUGGAAGCAGAGCCAGGAGAGCCGUCCGUCCCCAGACCCUCUCCCUCCCCCUGAGCCCAGGGACACCCAGGAUGGGAUCCUAGCUGAAAAUGGUCUCUUCCAUGGGGAUACUGAGCCUCAAACCCCAGUACCUAAGCCCCGGACAGUCCCUGUAGCAGACAUACUUGCCCAGGUUGGCACUGGUGUUGACUGGACCCCAGAAACCCCAGAAGAGAAGAUGACCCCAAAUGGGACAGACAUGCUGCCCAAGACGAUGGGCCCAGGCCACGUCCCACUUGAGCAGCAGCUGUCUGUGACCCAGGAUGGCCCUGACAGCCUGGAGACAAGGCUCCCCAAUGGGCUGGAUGAAGAAGAGGAGGAAGAUGAUGAUGAUUAUGUGACCCUCAGUGACCAGGACAGCCUCUCAGGCAGCUCUGGCCAAGGCCCUGGUCCCCGGCGACCUUCCAUUGCCUCUUCCAUGUCAGAUGAGUACUUUGAGGUGAGAGAGCGGACCACCCCUCUCCGGAGGCGCCAUUCAGAGCAGAUGGCCAAUGGGCCAGGCCAGCCACCCCGCCGACAGCUGAGUGCCCCCCAUAUAACCCGAGGAACCUUUGGUGGCCCUCUAGGUGGCUCCCUGUGGGGCCAAGCCCAGGGGAAAGAAGAGAUGGCCGCACCAAGGAGGACGCAGGCCCAGCGUGCUGUGCACCGGGAGGCUCAGGACCAGCGGUUCCAUCAUCAUGGGGGCCCUGCCUUGAGGACCUCCGGGGCCCACCAGUACCACCGUGCUGCUGAUGGUACACACACCUCUUCCAGGAAAGCAAGCCCGGCCACAACAGGCCCUCACCACUGGCAAACCAAGGGUAGCUCAGCACCCCGUGUGCUACCAGAUCUUGGGAGCUCAAGGCCCACUCGAAACACCCACAUCCUGGCUGACGGCAGGGCCACCGAGGAGCAUCGGAGUCCCUUUGGAAUCCCGUACUCCAAACUGUCUCAAGCAAAGCAUCUAAAGGCUAGGACCGUCAGCAGCCAGUGGGCCCCAUCUGAUUCUAAGCGGAGGUCCCAGGUCCCCCGGGACCACAAGGACCCUUAGCAGCCUGGUCUAAGCCCCCCAUCCUGGAGGGCAGAGUGGCA